AUGGACGGCGACGGGCGGGCUCCGGCGGCGGCCGCGGCCGCAUCGGCGGCGUCGGUCCUCGGCGACGACGACCUCCUCCGCGAGAUCCUCAUCCGCCUCGGCUUCCCCAACUUCCUCGUCCGCGCCGCCCUCGUCUCCAAGGGGUGGCUCCACCACGCCUCCGACCCGGCCUUCCUCCGCCGCUUCCGCGAGCGCAACCCGCCCCGCGUCCUCGGCGUCUGCGCCGGCUACUCGGUGAGACCGUUCAAGUUCGUGCCUCUCCCGCAGCCCCCGGAGCUCGCCGCCCUCUCGCGCCGCGCGGCCUCCUCCUGCGCCCACGCCUUCGCCCGCGGAGGCCAGCGCAUCGAGCACUGCCGGAACGGCCGCCUCAUCGUCGAGUCCCUCCGCAAGGGAACAUUCAAGCACUCCGUCCUCGCGCCGCUGCUCUCCGGGGAGCCCGAAGCGGCCCUCCCACCGAUCCCGCCGACCCGCCGUCACCCGCAGGAGCCCACCCAGGGGGCAUUCACUCAGAUUUUCCUGCCCGAGGAUGGGGGGCGCGACGGCAUCACCUUGGUGAAUCUGUGGAAGGUCCAGCGAGAAGUCCGUGCGGAGGUGUACGUGCUGGGAUCCGGCGGAUGGGGCGUCCCUACCACCGCCAUGACAGAGAUAGAGCUCCAGUAUGCUGCAACCUUCUUUGCAAAAAUGCUACCACCCGUCCAUGGCAAGGUCUUCGUGGUGACCGGCUUUGGGUACACCCUGGGUCUAGAUUUGGCCACGGCAACGUUCGUGAUACUACAGCUACCAGCUGGAGUGCGGUACAAUUACAUGCUCUCAUCCGCGGAGGGUUCCGGGAUCUAUCUUGUCACUGCGGACCGGUUUCAGCUCAGCGUGUGGCUUCAUCGGAUGACAGGUGACAACCAUGGUGCAGGCGGUUGGCUCUUGGUGGACACGUUUUCUGUUCUCGAAGCAUGCACACGUCUUGCGGGUGACAGUUGGGUGCCUUGUGAAUAUCUUAAUGUUGCUGCCGUCGGAGACAAUGCUGACUUUGUGUUCUUGGAUCAUCCAUCAAGCGGUGUUAUCUUUUAUGUUCAACCCAGUAGCAGGGUGGUUAAGAUGGUGUAUCAGAGGAUGGCAGAUGAACAUGAGUGUACAAGUGUGGCUGUACGCAUCUCUCCUGUUAUGACGAUCUGGCCGCCUAUAUUCCCAGCACUGAACAUAGGACAUGAUCAAGAGGGGAUUGUUAGGGCUGUCAGAUCUCUCGACAGAAGAUGA